CAAGUCGCAAUUUUUGGCACGUCACAGCCGCGUCAUCAUGUCUCCGUGUCUGCUUUUAUCGCUUGGGAAUUAAUUUAUUCGACAUAAUCAUACCUUAUCGAAACGUUUUUAUGUGGACUGUAAAGUAAAGACUGUCUCGAAAUUAUUUUUUAAGAUGGAAUUGUUAAGGCAGGUGUCCAAUACGCAGUUUCUGUUUCCUGCGGCAGCUGUAGCGGUAGUUUUAGUAUGCGCUGCGCUUGUAUUUAUAUUCGGGUUCCACACGGCGGAACAGCCGCAAUUCGAUAAGCUACCUCUUAUUGUCGAUGACAGGAAAUCUUCAAACAAGAAAAGGAAAACGAAGGAGAAGAAGUCUUCUCCAAACCGUACUACAAAUGAAGAGUCCAAGUCAAAAACUGAAAGCACUAAAAAAUCACCAGCAAAGGAGAAAAAAGAGGAUAAGGUGAAAGAAGUUGAAAAGCCCAAGCCUAAGGAAAAGGUUGAAGCUAAACUUGUGAAGGCUGCAGCAGAUGUCAAGAAGGGUAAGAAAGGUAAAGCUGCCUCUGAUGCUGAGAAACCUGCAGAUUUUGAUGAAGGUGUGUGGGAAGAAGUCCCAAAAAAAAGUGAUAAGAAAGUAAGUAAAGUUAGUAAAGUAAAAUCAGAUGAAAAGGAGAAGAAAGAAAGUCCUUCAAAGAAGAAUAAGAGGAAGACUAAGGAAGUAGAUGUUGAAGUUGCUCAGCCAGCUGAGGAACCUGAACAACCUUCAGAUACUAUUAAAGUACUAAGUGCUGAGGGCCCUGAUGUGGAUGAGGACGCAGCCAGGGCUUUGCAGGCUCAAGUAGAAGAAUUACAAAGAGUCCUUAAAGAGGCUGAACGUCGUGACCAAAUUCAACUUGGGUCUGUUGAAGAGGAUGAUGUGCCAGAAAAUGAAUUAACUGAAGUAAAAGAUCUCAGAAGCAACAAGAAAAAAGAAAACAAAGAAAAACAAAACAAGAAAAAGGCUAAUGAGGCUACUGCAGUAGCUAAAAACAUCAAACCAGAAGACAAUGAAAAUUUGGAAUCUUCUGAAAAGCAGGAGGAUAAACCUGCCGGUCCAGUGUUUGAUGAGCUUGGAGAUACUUGGACAGACGCUAAAGUGUCUAAAAAGAGCAAAAAGAAACCUCGCAAAGACCAGUGAGGUCUUAACAGGGUCCAGCUGGGUGUCUACCCCAGUGCUAGCUCAAUGCUGUUCACAUCACUCAUAAAACUACAAUGCCGUUUUUUUUUUUAUUUGUAAAAUAAUUUAUAUGACAUGAUACUUAAAAUGUUUUUUAUAGUACUCUUUAGUUUAUAAAGAAAUAUACUAUCAAAUUAAUAUUAAUCGAAUUAUUAUGUGAUUGUGACAUUACAAUUAUUGUAGUUUUAUAUGGUGUGAAUAUAUUUUAAGUUUUAAUUAUGUAACUGUUCUUACACAUUCAGUUUACUUACGUCCAUGUUUUAGUUUCAUAUUUUAUGUUAUGACUUGUUUUUCAUAAUAAUUUAAUUAUUUGUUUUCACUGAUGCAUAAUACAAAUUGUUUUUAUAUGUUUUUAAAGAGUCAUUAUAUUUUUAUGAGAGAAAUCUUUCGGAAUCUGCAAUAUAUUUGGUGUUACUACGUUUAUCUGAUGCGAUUUAAAAUUACUAGAUAACGUUUAAAAUUAAAUUCGGUGUAAGAAAUGUCAUUUUAUAGAUCAAUAUUCAAUUUAGUAUUUAUGUAGUAAAUAGUUUAAAACCUUGCAAACCUUUAACAUUAAAACUCCUGGUGCUUGUAGCGGUAAGUGUCUUGACUCCAUUCCAUUUGUAUAUUUUAUUCUUGAUUAACCGUUACGAAACGAAUUUUCAGGUGAAUUAAAUUCAUUACUAUUUUUUAAUAAGGUACUAAUAUGUAAUUAUAAUUUUGAAAGACGGGAAAAAAUAUAUUAACCAUUGCCAAUAUGAAGGCAAACACAAUAUCUAGAAACCAGUGAAAUAGUAUAUCUUUCUCGUCUGCCUAAAGAGCAUAUGUCGGAUUAUCCGUCCAUAUUCCUCCAAUACUAUAUUCCUGUAUUAUAGUGUUCUUACAAAGCCUAAUCUAUGAGUUAUUAUUAUAGUCAAAAUAGCUCUUAAAAUUGAAUGCAGUAUAACAUCGAUGAUUUUAUUGCAGAUUCCUGUUUUGUAUAUUAGAUAUAAGGAUAAUGUAAGACAUUGGAAUAAAAAAAAAUUUAACAUUACUUAUCAUGCCUUGUGUGGAAAUUAUACUCAUAAUUUAUUUUCAAUUAUGAAUAAAAGAGAAUAUUUUGAACUGAUUAAAAGUUUCCAAAAUCGCAAUACAGCUGAUCAUAUAGUGGCUGCAUUUCAAUUUAAAAUUUUAUAUAAUAAUAGAAGCCCUACAUAGAAUAUCUAUUCUUGUACUACUGACAUGUUUGCAGUCUGUAAUGAUCUUGGUUCUGUUUUUUCCACUAUAUUUAAUUGUUUUGAGUUGUGCAUUCUUUAUCUUGUGAUAUCAGUUUGUGUCAGAGGGUAAUAUGUAGGCAAACAGUUUGUUGCAAUAAGUAAUUUAGUAAGAUUUUUAAUGUAACAGCGAAAUUCCAUUGAACACACUCAUGGAAUUUACCAAUAAUUUUUAUUGUUAAUUAAUUAUAUCGCUUUAGGUGAAUUUAAUAUAGGGAAGAUAUUUGAAGAGGUUUAUUUUCAGUUGUUUGUGUUUCUUUAAAAUUGUGCUCAGUUAUUUAUUUCUAGACGUUUGUACUUAGGGCCUUAAAAAAUCUUAAUAGUGAAAAAAAAACUUGAAGACUUCUUACUUUUACUUUAAACCUUUCGUUCAUUGUUUAAGAACAUUAGGGGUGAAAUAUAUAUUCGACUUUGUAUUCGUAGAUUAAGUGAAUCGCGAAUCAAAAGUCAUCGAUUUAAUUAGACAGACUUAUCAUAUAGUAACAUCGUAUCAUGAGAAUGUUGUCUAUAGGCUCUAAAACGUAAUGAAUGUGUAAUAUAAAUAUUUUUUUAAAAUCAAUAAAGAGUGAUAUUAAUAA